AGGUGUUAUUAAGGAAUUUCAAAAUGGCUACAACUGAUGCCCCUCUGAGUUCUAUAGUGAAAGUCCCGGCCGGAGGCACCGCUGUGCUAACAUGUAACAGUAAUGACUUCAACCACAAUUUUAUGUUUUGGCUGUUUGACACAGACAAGGUGGUUGGCCCCAACAACUAUUAUGAUGAAAGAAAGUACAAGUAUGAAGUGCUAUCAGGAAAACUUCACAUUGAUAAUGUUACACCAGCCGAAUCUGGUAUCUACAGAUGUGUCUCAAGGAAGCUGGACGGCUCAGGGAUCGCAGUUGGGCAGGUUGAACUGGUUGUCUCUGAAACAUUCACCACCAUUGCCCCUGUGACGCUGGUGGCUAUACUUGUGUCCAUCUUUGUGUUAAUCAGCUGUGCCGUGUUGUACUGGAGACUCAGGAAGAGCUGGAGUAAACCGUAAACCUGGUGGCCAUGGCCAUGAUGUUGUAUAAGGUAAUUUGUAUUGUAAUAUAUAUUUUAGUAGGUCAAAUGUUUGGAAAACUAACUAGCUUAUGAUUUUUUUUUUAACUUUUGUUUUUUGAGUGUGUUGAAAUUGAACCUUUAAUGAAUUGUUUACUCUUUUUCAUUUGGAAGAGAUUUA